AUGUCCACCACUUCAACUAUAGACAAAAAAAUUAGUGAAUUGAAUAUCAAUGAACUGUCUGAAAAAGUGAUUCAACAUAAAAAACUAGCGGCUGAUCGAUUGGAAAAAGCUAGAACCAAAAGAGAUGACGAGAUACAAAACUUAAAAGAUGAACAAGUAUUGAACGCCAAAAAAGGAGAAUUAGUACAACUAUACUCGAAUUUAGUAGAUGAUUGUCGCCAAUAUAUUCAAAACUUUGUUGACAAACAAAUAGAUUGGACAAACAUUGAAUUGGCGAUUAAAUCAGACAAAAGAAAGAAAAAUUCUAUUGCGAAUUACAUAGAGUUGCCAUUGAAUUUAAAGGAAAAUAGAGUCAACAUUAAGUUGAAAGAUCCAGAAGAAAAUGAAAGUGAAACAGAACUGGAAAAUGAAAGUAGUUCUGAUUCUGAUUCUGAGUCGGAAAUGAUCCAAAGACGUAAAGUGAAAGAACAUACUAUCCACGGAGUACCUGUAAGUAUUGACAUUACAAUUAGUUCAUUUGCUAAUGCUAGAUAUUAUUUUGAUUUGAAGAAGGAGGCCGAAUUAAAGCAAACUAAAGUAGAAAGAGGUGCUGAGAUAGCGUUUAAGAAUGCCGAAAAGAAAAUUGGUCAAGAUUUGAUAAAAAAUUUACAACGUGAAAACGGAUUUAGACAAAAAGAUGAAAGAGAAAAGUUUUGGUUUGAAAAAUUUUAUUGGUUCAUUACUAGUGAAGGUUAUUUAUGUUUAGCCGGAAGAGAUAAGAUGCAGACUGACUUAAUAUACUUCAAUUAUUUUAGUGACGAUGAUUAUUUGGUGAGUUCAGAGAUAGAGGGUUCAUUAAAAGUAUUCGUUAAAAAUCCUUUUAAAGGAGAGACAAUCCCUCCUUCAACUAUACUACAAGCCGGUAUUUUUGCAAUGUCAGCUUCUCAGGCUUGGGGUGGGAAGAUUAAUCCAGCAGCGUGGGUAUUGAAUGGGAAUGAUGUGUCGAAAUACAAUUCCUUGGGAAUAUUACCACCGGGUGAGUUUGAAUACUCCGCCAAAAAAGAUUUUUUACCUCCUGCUCAAUUGGUCAUGGGAUUUGGAUUUUUUUGUUUAGUAGAUGAAGAGUCUGCAAAGUUGCAUGAAAAACAAAGAAUUGAUAAGGAAAAUGAACAUGGAGUUGUUAAAAUUUAUGAUAAUAAAAAAAAAAAUGUUAACUUCAAAAUAACCAACGUCAAAGAACUAUCGUCGGAAUCAGAAUCGGUUGAGGAACAGAAGACGGAUCAAAAUACUGCAGAAGUUUCCUCGAGGGGCAGAAAGUCAAAAUUAAAAAGAGCUGCCAAAUAUGCUAAUCAAGAUGAAGAAGAUAAAUCUUUGAUUAUGAAUGUUUUGGGUGGUAAAAAACGAGACGAAGAGCCAAAACAAAAGCACCCGCAAGAAAACGUAAACAUUAAAAAGAAUGAUUACAACAGGGAGCAGCACGAGAGAGAUGUUCAAAAGAUAAUUAUGGACUCAGAGGAAGAUAAUUCCUUGAAAAUUUUUCCCAACACUAUGGAUUCGUUAGUUCAAAAACCUACUCCAGAUGAUAACAUUAUUGGUUUGAUACCAGUGUUUGCUCCAUGGUCAGCAUUGCAAAAAUGUAAAUAUAAAGCGAAAAUUCAACCUGGAUUAGCGAAAAAGGGUAAAAGUAUGAAUGAAAUUAUCAAUUAUUUCACAACCAGAAAAAUGGAUGGUACUAAAUUCGAUACCGAUUUGGAUUGGCCUGAAGAGAGAGAAAUUUUAAAAUCUUUAAAGUCGAAUGAUUUAAUUGGUGUUUUUACUGUAAAUAAAAUGAGAUUGAUAUUACCUAAGAAGUAA